AUGAUUUGUCGAGUUAUCUACGACGUUGAAUUUCGUGUAUUAGUAAAAGAAAAAUUAAGUCCAUCAGAUAGUGUUCUUGUCACUGGCUCAUGUGAACAACUCGGUGAAUGGACACCGAAUCGUUGUAUACCACUGACUCGUAUUGAUCGAACAGAAGAUGGCGAAAUAUGGUCAACAAAUAUUAAAGUCAAUGGACCCCAAAGAACUUUUUAUCGAUAUGUUAUUGCACAAAUUAUUCGAACGGACGAUGAUAUGAAUCUAAUUAUUAAAAAAUGGGAAACAUUUAAAGAAGCAAGAUAUUUAAUAUUCAACGAGACCGAAAAAAAUGAUCUCACUAGUACUGAACAACCACAAGAGUGUUUCGAUGUAUUUGGUUGUUAUAAAAAUAUAGUUCGAACUGAUAUUGGCUGGUUAACAGGUCAGUCGGAAAUUCAAUUACGUUUUCAUUCGAAUUCUCUACAAAUUUGGCCCACCAAGUUACGUGAUAAAACAUUCUCAUUAAAAGUUUCACCGAUCGAUUUAAAAUAUCAACAAGAAAAUGAAGAAGUAACAUCAGAAUCAGCGAAUCAAACCUACACACCAACAUCCAAAGUAUUUAUUCAAUCAGCUAUUUUACGUUUAUCCGGUUGUGAAACAAAUAUUCAAAGUGAUUACGGUGCAGUACUCGGAAAAGAUGAUUAUCUCAUUGUUAAAAUUCAAACCUUUGAACCUGAAAAUGUUACUUAUCAUAUUGAUUUUUAUCUUGUUGAUGAAUCAACACCAUUAAGAAAACAUAUAGGAUUUGCAUAUGUUCUACCGGUACAUUCAAAUCUUGAAUUAGCCGAUAGUAAACAACUCAAUCGAACAGUACCCAUUAUUGGACUCAAACAUAAUCCAAUAGGGCAAAUAAAAAUAGAUGUUUUGUUAAUUACACCAUUACAAGGCAUUGAACAAAAAUUUCUUGUUUCGCCAUCAAAAUAUUGGCGUGAAGGUCGAAGACCAGUCAACGUUGGUCAUAGAGGUUUAGGUAAAACAAAUACUGAACAUAUUCCAUUAAAACAUCAUUCAAACGAUAUAACUCGUCUUCGUUCAAGUGAUUUGCCACUCACUGCAAUAAGUAGUUCUUCGCCUCUAUCAUCGAUGCCACCAACAACACGACCAGUUCAAACAAAAUUUGUCAGCGAAAAUACGCUAGCUUCAUUCACCGGUGCAUUUCAACUUGGUUUUGACUUUGUUGAAUUCGAUGUACAACUGUCAAAAGAUAAAAUACCUGUUGUCUAUCAUGAUUUUCAAGUUGCUAUUACGCUUAAACGUAAAUUUCAUCAAGCAGAAUUAUUUGUUGUACCCGUUAAAGAUUUAACAUUGCCGCAAUUACAAUCCCUGAAAAUUUAUCAUGCCAGUAAAACUGAUGUUAUUAAAAUUGAAGACGAUAUAGAUGAAGAUGAACCAGUUGGGCAAGAGCAAUUUAGUUCAUUAUUUCCGACACUACAAGAAUUAUUUGAACAGUUGGAUCCUCAUCUCGGUUUUAAUGUUGAAAUAAAAUAUGCUAUGCAAUAUCGGCAUGGUGGUUCUGAGCAAAAUUAUUUUUUUGAAAGAAAUGAAUAUAUUGAUUGUAUUCUUCGUUGCCUGAUCACUUAUGCUAAUAAACGUGUUAUUGUGUUGUCAACAUUUGAUCCUGAUUGUGCAUCGAUACUUCGUCGAAAACAAACAUUAUUUCCUGUGCUUUUUUUAACACAAGGUGAAAAAAGUGAUUCGCCACAAUUUUUAGACGUACGAACAUGGUCGAUAAAUAUUGGUUUAUGUUUUAUUGUUGCUGAACAUUUAUCAGGUUUAGCUGCGCCAGCAAUAGAUAUUAUUGCAGAUAAAGAUUUUGUUAAACAUGUUAAAGAUAAUGGAAAAUUAUUAUUUAUUUGGGGAGAUGAAGCAAAUGAUAAAGAUGUAUCGAAAUGUUUGAUUGACUUGAAGGUGGAUGGUUUGAUUUUUGAUCAUGCAGCAGAACUUAGAGAUGAACAGUCAACAACAGAAAAUCUUUUCAUUGCUGAAGAACGCGAAGAAUUAGAAGUUCUCAAUAGUUUUCGUGAGAGACAACUUGAAAUAAGACAUCGCCAACUGUUACAAGAACUCGAAAGUUUACAAACAGCACGCGAAACAAGUAACUCAUCAACUGCAGCUACAAAUCCACCAGCCAGAUCAUUUGGAAAUAUUUACAGCAUAUCAGAACAAUGCGCCAUAGAUUCUAAUUUUAAAGAUUUUAUGUGA